CUCACUAUAAUCAGUGCUUGUAUGUGUAGUCGACACUUGUUCAUUUAAAUACUCGAAUUCAAAGAAACCGCACGUUGGCUGUGUUAAUUUUAUCCUAUAAUUUUAGUUACAAAAUAAACAAUGGUGUCCCUAAGCGAUCCCGCCGUACAAUCGUACAUUCUGUACUCCGCUAUUCUGGCACUAAAAGUUCUAGUGAUGGCAGUCCUGACCGGUAGAGUUCGUUACGCCAAAAAAGUGUUCGCAAACGAAGAGGACGCAAAAGCAUCGAAAGGUAAAGUAAAACUGGACGAUCCGGACGUUGAAAGAGUGAGACGCGCACAUCUCAAUGACCUUGAAAACAUACCCGCGUUCUGGAUUUUGGGGGCAUUGUACUUGACAACGUCGCCGGAGGCCGCCUGGGCUACGCUUCUCUUCAGGGUUUAUGCUGUUAGCAGAAUCAUCCACACAAUAGUGUACGCUGUCAAACCAUUGCCGCAACCGGCGCGCGGCAUUGCCUUCAUGAUUCCCAUGAUUGUGAAAUGGUACAUGGGUAUUGCAAUUGUGUCAAAUUAUAUUAGUGCUCUGUAAUUUUAUUAGGCGUUUACUUCAUUUUUUAUAUGGAUGAACUGUUAAUGAUUUUUAAUUAGUAAUAUAGAACGAUUUUUUAAUAAAUUAUUUUUUUUA